AUGGAUGAACUGUUGAAGCUUAAACACAGGUUACAUGAUCUAGAUACAAUCAAUGAAUCUAAAACGCUAUCAGAAUUGGAAAUAGUAGAAAGGAGUCUUGGAAUUCAAAGGAUAACUGAGCUUGAAAAGUUGGCUAUUCUUGAUUUAAAACAAAAGGCUAGAUUAAGGUGGACUGUUGAUGGAGAUAAGAAUACCCAUUUUUUUCAUGGGUACAUCAAUAACAAGAAGAGCAAGAAUUUCAUACACGAAUUGAUUAUCAGUGGAUCUUGGAACACAAAUGUGACAACAAUUAAAGGUGAAGUAUUCUCGUUCUAUCAGAAUAAGUUUCAAGAAUGUUGGCCUUCCAGACAAAAGCUUACCAACAGUGACUUUAAUAGGCUAGAUCUUGCCACUAGCUCUAGCAUUGAGGAUCCUUUCAUGCCUGAAGAAAUCAAAGAAGUUAUUUGGGCAUGUGGAGGUGAUAAGGCACCCGACCCAGAUGGAUUCACCUUUGACUUUAUUAAAAACUCUUGGGAUUUAUUGAAAGGGGAUAUCACAGAAUUCGUUAGAUACUUUGAGAAGUACGGAAAUUUGGAGCAGGGAUGUAACUCGUCUUUCAUCAUGCUUUUCGACGAUAAGGCUAUCAGGAGUGGUAGGGGAAAAGACGCGUGGGAGCUGACGUGUCAGCCCCCUUCAUGCGUGAACACCGCCCCACCUUCUGGUGGGUGUCUUAUUCCGUGGAGCUGA